UCGACGCAUGCGCAGUGGGCCGGUUGUAAGUGGAACUCCUGAAUAAUCCGGAGGUUGUUCUCUGUGGUUCUCUGGUUCUCCGCGGUUCUGAGACUCGUUCCUCCUCCGGCCUCAGGGACGGAGCCUCACUGAGCAGCGGCAAUGAGCUUCUUCGGCUUCGGGCAGAGUGCGGACAUCGACAUCGUCCUGAAUGACGCCGAGACGAGGAAGAAGGCUGAGCACAAGAGCGAGGACGGCCGGAAGGACAAGUAUUUCCUCUUCUACGACGGAGAGACGGUGGCGGGCAAAGUCAACGUGACGCUCAAGUACCCGGGCAAGAGGCUCGAGCACAACGGCAUCAAGAUCGAGUUCGUCGGACAGAUCGAGCUGUACUACGACAGAGGAAACCACCACGAGUUUGUGUCUCUGGUCAAAGACUUGGCUCGGCCAGGGGAGCUCACUCAGUCGCAGACCUUCGACUUUGAGUUCACGCACGUGGAGAAACCCUACGAGUCUUACACCGGGCAGAACGUCAAGUUACGCUACUUCCUGCGGGCGACAGUGAGCCGCAGAAUGAACGACCUCAGCAAAGAGCUGGACAUUGUGGUCCACACACUCAGUUCCUACCCUGAGCUCAACUCCUCCAUCAAGAUGGAAGUGGGCAUCGAGGACUGUCUCCAUAUAGAGUUUGAGUACAACAAAUCAAAGUAUCACAUAAAAGAUGUGAUUGUGGGGAAGAUCUACUUUCUGCUGGUGAGGAUUAAGAUCCGACACAUGGAGAUCGAUAUCAUCAAGAGGGAGACGACCGGCACAGGACCCAACGUCUACCACGAGAACGACACCAUAGCCAAGUACGAGAUCAUGGAUGGUGCCCCAGUCAGAGGAGAGUCCAUCCCCAUCAGGCUGUUUCUGGCGGGCUACGAGAUGACGCCCACCAUGAGGGACAUUAACAAGAAGUUCUCUGUGCGGUACUACCUCAACCUCGUGCUCAUCGACGAGGAGGAGAGACGCUACUUCAAACAGCAGGAGAUCACACUGUGGAGGAAAGGUGACAUCGUGAGGAAGAGCAUGUCUCACCAAGCGGUCAUCGCCUCCCAGCGCUUCGAAGGAUCCUCCAACCCGGAGAAGGCCCAGGCCCAGAGCAACGAAGAAGACGACGACAGCUAAAUCCCAGCAUGCAAUUCACCUGCCGCGUUGUGAGUGUCUGAGUGAACACAGUGCAGAAACCGUCAGCAGUGUCUGAAUGUGAAUAUCAUGUUGCACUGUGUGUGUGUGUGUGUGUGUGUGUGUGUGUGUGUGUGUGUGUGUGUGUGUGUGUGUGUGUGUGUGUGUGUGUGUGUGUGUGUGUGUGUGUGUGUGUGUGUGUGUGUGUGUGUGUGUGUGUGUGUGUGUGUGUGUGUGUGUGUGUGUGUGUGUGUGUGAGAUAUGACAAUGUGUUUAUCAAGGGACUAAGGCUGUAGUUGCAAGUACAGUGUUUGUUCAACCCACCUUACUACACGAAGGCCGAUUAGACAGUGUCAUUAAAACAACCCAAAAUAAAAUAGCGAGGCAGACUUGACCUAUCAGAUCACAGACACUGUAUGACCUUGACUCACACGUGUGUGGAUGUGGGGCGUGGCAGAGCCACCGCGGGUGUUUUUCAUUCAAACUGCACACCUGGCUGGACGAUUGCGCUGUGCAGAAACUGUAGUCAUACAGUAGGUUUGUUAAAAAUAUUUCUUACAGUACAUCAUUCAUGUGACAUGAAUUCAUUCAAGAUUAUGUUCCUGCCAUUUGCUCUGCUGCGAAACUGCUCCUCUCAUUUGGUUUAAAUGUAAAACGUCAUCAAACUUAUUUGUAUGGGACGAUGCAAAAAAUGUUUUCCUACAUUCCAAGACUCUCAUCAGAAAUAAGCAUGGCUGCAAAGUGUUUAUUUUUGAACCUGAACUUGACAUGUUAGUUGUGGGUCAGCGUCAGGUGAAGCCGCUGCUGCUUCUCACAAACUGAUCCCAUCUUUUCUUCCAUCGCGGUCACAGUCUCUGACGCUUCUCAUAUUUGCACUAUAAUCUCUUUCUGUGUUGUUCUGCUCCAUGCUGAUCAUGAACUCACUGGACUCAUGAAAAGGCUUCAGGAGUAGAGUCUGAGUUCCUCUCUGAUGUAGACAGUGUUACACCUGAGCACAGGAACAAAACCCACUGCUGUCAGAGAUGAGAUGAGUCCUGACCCCUGACUCAGCCUGUAGGUGAGUUAGUUUUGUGCCAAAACGUUUCAGCUCAAUACGAGAUAUUGAGGAGCUGAAGAGUUCAAAUGAGAGUGAAGGUGGUUUCAAAUGAUUUAAAUGUAAAUAUGAGUCAGACUCAGUCAUGUAGCACUUGAUUGAAAUUCACAAACUAUUUUUUAAACAAUAAAUAAUCAGGUUUGUUCGUGCACCGGUCUGAAUAAUGGAGUUAAAGGACUGCUUCCUUUAUUUAGUUUCGUGACAUGGUGAACAAACCAAGUGCUCACCAGAAAGUUCAGAGUGUGAAGCCCUCACGUUGUCCUUCUGCUUCACAAGCGUAUGUUCUACCACGGUGUUUCAUUUAAGAUGUAGACAUUUUUUUAUGUUCCAUACUUUUCUUGUUAGAGAGGUUUAACUUUUUAGUAAACUGUCACUCACUGCUGUUCAGGUAACCAGUGACACAAGCGGCAGCAGCAGCUGAGGAGCUGAUCUGAGCCCACAGGAACAUUUUUAUACACAUUCAUGUAGAGGAGGUGGUAGAAAUCACUCUGCAUUCUCUGGUAAGACUUAGCGUAUAUUAAGAGACUGUAUGGAAAUGAUUAGUGUGGGGAGGGGAGGGGGGGAGCUGAACCUUGAGUUUGACUCCGCAGAGUUAUCAAAGUGUGAUCCAAAAAAUGAAAUAUCCCUUUAAUUUUUUGCAGCACCGUCCUCCCUAGUUUCUCAAAACAGUCCUGAUUUCAAUCCUAAAAUGAAAAUGGUACAGUUGUUAUUUGCAAAGUAUUAACAGCCUCUGCAUUCUGUUCACGAGAACUCCUGCAGCACUACGGCUCCGUGAUGCUCCUCGGGGGGUUAAAUGGGGCAGUAAGUGAUUCUGGAGAGAGCUUGUCUCUCCUCUGCUCUGGCCGGGCUGCGAACCCGUGACCUCGGGUACGUGAGUCGGACUCGCUGACCACAGAGUUUCAGUGUUGCCCGCCAGCACGUCUCUUAGCGUUUUACGAAACGUGUAUUGCUUUAGAAUCUCUCACUGUCCCUUUAAAGUUGUGAAUAAACUUUGCUGAGUUCAGACGGAACACAGAGCAGUUGAUUGUAGAUAGAACGGAAGUUGUCCAUUAGACACAAAUUCACCCAGAGAGGCACAAAGUGAGCAUUAUGACUGAAGUUCAUAAAUCUUCAGAGACAUAACAGGAAGUGACCGACCUUACCUAGACUCACGGCCUCAUGGUAGAACAUCCCAACACGUAAUCAGGUGAAUGUAGGCGAAAAGAAAAGCAGUCUCAAGAACAAAGUGUACUUACUAAAUAAUAGAACUUAAACUCCGGGUAGAGACGUGAUCGUCACCACAAACAUUUCAGACCACCCUCCUCGGAGCAUCUUCCUUUUAAUAUAGUCUCUAAAUCAAAUAGAAUGUACUCUCCAUUAUUCCCCUGUCUAAUUCAGUGUACUACAUGUUGGUGGUUACACGUAACGUACUAGACACCCAAAGCAACUUUGUAAUGAUUUACAGUACGUGAUUUAAUUUUGAUGUGGCUUUUAUUUGAUUUUCUGCCAGUACAGACACGCAGUAGCUAAACUAACCCCGUUUGUGAUCGAGACUAAACCGAGAUUAAAAUGAAAAAGAGUGAUGAAAUGUACAGAAUAAUAUAAAUGCACAAUGUAAAUGCAACUCCCUCCUUUUUUUAUGUUCUUGUCAUAUUUUACCUUCCUGUCUAAAAAUGUUGAUUUGAAUCAUUUUCUAUAUUCCUGUUUUACUUUGCAUUAAAGGGAGAAAGUGAACAAC